AUGAAGAGUCCACACACACACAGUCUCUGCGUCCUCGUCCUCCUCGUCCUGAACGCCACGCCAGGACUAUCAGACUUUGCACCGUAUUUCCAUGACAAUGGGAACAUGGCACUGUUUAGCAUCUUUGAAGACACCCCAGUUGGAUCUCAGGUGUUCACUCUAAAUGGAACAGAUCCAGAAGGAGAUGAGGUCAGGUAUGAUAUUAGCUUUGAGAACGGCUCUAAAGAGCAUUUCCGGGUCGAGCCCAAGUCAGGACGGGUUACUCUGAUCCAGGAACUGGACCGAGAGGUUGAAGAUGAAAUCGUGGUGUUGGUCAGCAUCACUGAUGGCAGGAAUAAGGUGGUGGAGAAAGUGCGCGUGUUUGUCUCAGAUGUUAACGAUGAAAAGCCCGAGUUUCUCAGCCUGCCCUACAUCGUCAACGUCCCUGAGGAUAUGGAGGCGGGACGCAGCAUUUUUAAAGUUCGAGCUGUGGAUAAAGAUCUUGGUUCUGGAGGAAGUGUCACAUAUUUCCUGCAGACGUCUCCCAAAACCAAGUUCACCAUCGAUGGUCACAGUGGCGUGCUGCGUAUCAAAGUGGGCGUGUCUCUCGACUAUGAGACUUCCAGCACACACUUCAUCACCGUGGUAGCCAAGGACGGUGGAGGGAAAUAUAACGGGAAACACCAGGUGAUGACAUCAUCAGCUACCAUCACGAUUAAUGUUCUUGAUGCCCAGGACACGCCUCCGACUUUUGUGGGAACGCCGUACUUCGGAUACGUUUAUGAAGUGUCCGAGCCUGGCUCGGAAAUCUUCACCGUGUCGGCUAAAGAUGGGGAUCAGAGCCACCCGAACCCUAUUCAUUACUCUCUCGUUAACGGAAGUGACGGCUCCUUCAGCAUCAACAGCUCGAGCGGUUCCGUCAUUCUGAUGUCAUAUCCUGUCCAGCUGAAAAAUGAGUUAUACGAGCUGAAAGUUAAGGCCUCGGAGGUGGGGCCUGAGAACGAGCUGCUGGACUCAGCCGUGACGGUGGUGACCAUCCGUGUGGUGGAUCUGAACAACCAUCCGCCCACGUUUUACGGUGAGAUCGGCAAACAGGACAGGUUUGAGCUGACGAUGUGUGAACAUCCUCCUGAGGGAGAAAUCCUGAGAGGGCUGAAGAUCACCGUCAAUGAUUCUGACCAGGGAGCGAACGCUAAGUUCAGACUCAGGCUUGUUGGACCUGGGCGAGUUCUCCGUGUCGUCCCUCAAACUGUCCUCAAUGAAGCCCAAGUCACCAUCAUCGUAGAGAACUCGAGUGCCAUCGACUACGAGAAACACUCGUUUUUAACGUUCAAGCUGUUAGCGGUUGAAAUUGACACCCCAGAGCGCUUCAGUGCCACAGCAGACAUCAUAAUCCAUCUCUUGGACGUAAACGACAACGUUCCCAGGUUUUCCUCAGAGUUUUACAUCGCCAGGGUCCCGGAGAACUCACCUGGAGGCUCCACCGUCGUGUCCGUCACUGCAUCGGAUCCCGACUCGGGGCUUUGGGGAGAAGUGAAAUACUCCAUGUACGGCUCAGGAGCUGAUCUGUUCCUCAUCCACCCCACCUCAGGGAUCAUCUACACUCAGCCAUGGGCAUCUCUGGAUGCGGAGGUGAAGUCAAAGUAUAAUUUCUAUGUGAAGGCAGAAGACAGCGAGGGGAAGUACAGCCUGACCGAGGUCUUUGUCACAGUUCUAGAUCAGAACGAUCAUUCUCCAGAGUUUAACGAGAACAUCCUGGAGAAGACCAUGAUCCUCGGAGCUCCUGUGAAGAUAGAGGCGGUGGAUGAUGAUGCUGAGGAACCCAACAACGUCAUCGAGUACUCCAUCAUGAAGGCCGAGCCGGAGAACGUUUUUGACAUCAAUACCAGCACAGGUGAGAUCAAGCUAAAGCCGUUCAUCAAGUCCAUGGAGAUGGUGCAUAACAUCACCAGACAGCAGGAUUGCAAGUGGUCAGUGGUGGUCCAGGCACGAGAUCGAGGUUCUCCUUCAUUCAUGGCCACUGCUGUCGUCCAGCUUGACAUCACUGAAGCAAAUCAGCUCUCGGGCCCCGUGGCGGCUUUUUUAAUGCAGAGCAGAGAUAAUCCAGUGAAAGCUUUGGGUGUGGCAGCUGGAAUCAUUAGCGUGAUGGUGAUGGUCACAGUGGUGAUCUCCACGGCAAUGUACCUGCGCAACACAAAGUCCAACAGGAUUGGGCCAUCCCGCCGUGUCAUCCGCCGCAGACGUGGAGAACCCCAGCAAUGGAACUUCACGUUCGGAAACUCGCAAAAUCCUGACAAGUUCCUCACUAGUCACGAUGUGGAGAGCAACAAGAAGACAGACAGAUCAUGGUCCAAACCUCCACCACCGUGUGCACCAGUUCUGCCUCCACCUCCACCAAAUAACAAACCCAGGAUGAGCAAGCAUCAAGGUGCUGUGCCGACCAUCUCAGGAUCCUUAAGCUCCCAGAGCUCGAGCGAGAGAUCCAUCAGUAGCACAGAUACAGAAGAUCAACCAAUUAAGAAGAGAGAGGGAAACAUCAGCUCAGCGAUGGUUUCAGAGCUGAAGAAGAGGCUGGAGCAGAAGAUCAUUGAGGCGAAUCAAGGCUACUACUGCUGA